AUGACCGAGCUCCUCGACAAGCAGAUGCUCGUCGUCCUGCGCGACGGCCGCCACCUCGUCGGCGUCUUCCGCAGCUUUGACCAAUAUUCCAACAUUGUUCUGCAAGACACAUGCGAGCGCCACGUCGUCGGCAACACGUACUGCGAUAUCCCGUUGGGGCUCUACAUCAUUCGCGGCGAAAACAUUGUCAUCAUGGGCGAAUUGGACCAGGAGAAGGAGGCGAGCCAGGUCAACUUGAUCAAGAAGACGCCGGAAGAAGUCCUCGCGGCCGAGGCCGACCUCCACGACACGGGCGCGGUCACGGUCCGUGGCACGUGGAACUUUGACGACUAA